GAGGAGGUGCAGGAGAUCGACCCCUUUACAGAGUUCCACUUUUACUUUGAAAACUGCCAAAGGAAGUCAUUUCUUACACCUUCUAGCUUGGUGAAUCUGCUGGCCGCUACAGCUGUGCACAAAGCAAGGAGAUACCAACAUCCUCAGGAAGAGAGGAGAGGAAGAGGGAGGAGGAGGAGGAGCAAGGAGCGAUCUUGUUUCUCACUUCCAGCGCCGUUCCUUCUGUUUCCAGGCUGCGGGGUUUUCACCCAGCCUGGACUGACUGAGCUGCUGCUGUAGGACGAUCCGAGACGCCAAAUCAUGAAUUCGGCAGAGCAGACGGUAACGUGGCUUAUCACGCUUGGGGUCCUGGAGUCUCCCAAGAAGAGCGUGUCGGAUCCAGAGGCUUUCCUCCAGGCGUCCCUGCAGGAUGGAGUGGUUCUGUGCAGGCUGCUGGAGCGACUCAGACCCGGGACGGUGGACAAAUUUAUCCAGGAACCGAGGAGCGACAGCGAGUGUCAGAGGAACAUUGCGGAGUUUAUUAAGGGCUGCGGGGCUUUCAGUGUAGAGCCUUUUGAAGUGAGCGACCUCCUGCAGGGACUGAACUUCUCCAAAGUACUAAACUCCUUAGUUGCUCUUAACAAAGCCACUGAAGAGUUGUCCGUCCCAGGAGACGGCACAUGCUUGCCGCACCCCUCCAAUCUACGGAUCAAAUCGUUCGACUCUCUGAACACUCAAAGUCGCUCCUCUAAGCUGCAGCAGCCUCAGUACCGCAGCCUGGACAUGUCGGACGGCGGCGUGUGCGGCCAGCUGCUGGUCAAAGCGCGUUUCGCCUUCCAGCCGACCAACGAGGACGAGCUCUCCUUCUCCAAGGGUGACAUCAUCUGUGUGACCAAGCAGGUGGAGGGGGGCUGGUGGGAAGGCUCGCUGAACGACAAGACUGGCUGGUUCCCCAGUAACUACGUGCGGGAGCUGAAAGGAGGCGACAAAACAGCAGACAAGCCAAAGUGUGGGACUCUGAAAAGUCCCCCAAAAAGUUUGGACACCAGCAUCAUCUCAAAGACCUAUUACAACAUGGUCCUUCAGAACAUCCUGGAGGCAGAGAGUGAAUAUUCAAGGGAGCUACAGAGUCUCCUGGGGACGUACCUACGUCCACUUCACCCCACAGACAGACUCGGCAGUGUUGACAUCGGUCAUAUUCAGGGAAAUCUGGAAGAGAUCUCUACAUUUCAGCAGAUGCUUGUCCAGUCUUUGGACGACCAGACCAAACUUCCAGAGAACCAACAGAGAAUCGGGGGUUUCUUUCUGAACCUGAUGCCUGAGAUGAAGGCCAUAUAUGUGGCUUACUGCUCCAAUCACCCGUCUGCAGUCAGUGUGCUCACACAGCACAGCGAUGAUCUUAGGGAAUAUAUGGAGUCAAAAGGAGCGUCCAGUCCCGGCAACCUGACGCUAACAGUCAGUCUGAGCAAACCCUUCACCAGAAUGGAAAGAUACCCAGCACUGCUGAAGGAACUGGACAGACAUAUGGAAGAGCAACACCCUGACCGAGCUGACCUCAGCGCAGCCAUGGCAGCCUUCAAAGGCCUUGCAGCAGAGUGUGAGGAGGUGAGAAAGAGGAAGAACCUGGAGCUGCAGAUUCUGACUGAGCCAAUCAGAAACUGGGAAGGAGAAGACAUUAAAACUCUCGGCCCAGUUCUCCACAUGUCCCAAGUCAAGGUUCACACGCAGAAUUGCCAGGAGUCAAAUGAACGCUUCCUCAUCUUGUUCCCUCACACUCUGCUCAUGCUCUCAGCUAGCCUCCGAAUGAGUGGAUUCAUAUACCAGGGGAAAAUGCCUCUAUCAGGAAUGCUCAUCUCCAGAAUUGAAGAUGGAGAAAACCUGAAGAAUGCUUUUGAAAUAUCUGGAGGCCAGUGUGAGCGCACGCAGAUAGCUUGUAGCAGUCAACGUGAUCUACAAGACUGGUUGGACCUCCUCACCAAACACACACACACCACACCGCCUCAAGUAUGCAAGCUUCAGGAUGUUUGUUACACAUUGCCCUCCCAUCCCGCCGCUCACUCCAGAUACUCCGAGUCUCGCGGGGGGAGCCCUUACCACACCCUGCCUCAUCCCUCCUUAAAUGGGACCAUUUCCAGCAGCGGCCCCGUGUGGGGACCGCUGGAGCCACCGAGCACCCCCAAACCCUGGACCCUGAGCUGCCUUCGCCCUGCACCUCCACUACGGCCGUCUGCUGCUCUGUGCUUCAAAGAGGAUGUAAGUAAAAGCCCCAAAAACAAGAGGCCACUGCUCCCUACCAUAAGGAAACCAGAGAGGAAACCAUCGGAGGAAGAUUUCACUGCUAGAAAGAGCACAGCGGCUCUGGAGGAGGACGCUCAGAUACUGAAGGUGAUCGAGGCUUACUGCACGAGUGCAAAGACUCGCCAGACUCUAAACUCAACAUGGCAGGGAACUGACCUCAUGCACAACCAUGUGCUGGCUGAGACCAGCCUCACAGUGGCUGCGCUCCCUAGUAACCUGCCAUCUUCUGACCAAUCAGAAGACUCCGAUUAUGACAGUAUCUGGACUAAUCAAAGUCACAGGACCGCCUCGUUUUCUCGCUCCAGCAGAAAGGAUGUCCAUAUGCUGUUCCCAGAGGAGGAGAAGAUUAUUGUUGAAGAAACAAGGAGCAACGGACAAACUGUAGUGGAGGAACGGAGUCUGGUGGACACCGUUUAUAGCCUCAGAGAUGAGGUUCAGGAACUCAAGCAGGACAACAAGAGAAUAAAGCGGACACUGGAGGAGGAGCAGCGAGCGAGAAAAGAGCUGGAGCGAAUCGUCAGGCGGGUUCUGAAGAACAUGAACGACCCGACCUGGGAUGAGACUAACCUCUGAAACCGCUUCAGAUUUGAAGCCAGGACCAAUUUCUGACAUUUAAAUCAUUAUAUGAUGAGAGCUGUUAGCUGUGUGGACAGAAGCUGCCAGUAGUUUGUGCCACUCUUCAUCACUUAAUUUAAUUUUAAAACCUUGAACUAACCCAUGUGCCAAACCAGGGACCAGGAAACUGCCUGCCAGCUAUCGAUGAAGCCGCCCCUACUGUUCAUGAAGUAAUGAAGCCAUAACAGCUGGUAGGCAUGAGGAUGUCACUUCGGUUCGUCUUUUCUUCUGUACUUGAACCAAUAAUAAUUUCCUUUUUCUUUCCUAGUGUUGUCGCUGCUCCUUCCACUGGUAUCCAGGACUGUAUUUUAUUUGCUCCUGGUCCAUAAAUAUUACAGUUUUAAAUGAACAAGACACCAUAAGAAAGUUCAAUAGUUAAGUCUUGAUUAAAAACACACACACACACACACACAGUCACUGUCAGUCACACUUCCUGUGAGAACUUUGCAUUCACUCAUAGUGAUGCGUAUAAAUGCUUCUUUUUCCAGAGCGGAGUCAUUACACAACAUAACACUUAAAGCUGCAGUAUGUAACUUUAAUAAAGAAUAUGUUUAUUACGUAUUUAUUGAAACUGUCAUCAUUUCAUGACGAUACAUUAUGAGGCAGAUAAUCUGUGAAAA